AUGUACUCUCCGGGAAAAGUAUAUAAAUAUGCAAAAGCUCAUGAAAUCGCAUUGGAUUCUUCUGGUUCUUUACACUUAUUAUGGGCUGUGAGACAGCAACAUUUGAUAUACUUCGAGGUAACACCUCCUUCAGAAUAUCCUGAUUCCUGGAUAGCUGUAGGAUUCUCCGAUAGAGGUGACUUAACCAACGCGGAUUAUUGCUUUAUGUGGACUGAUUACAAUGGAAAACUUAGAAUUCAAGACACUUGGUCAGAUGAACAUGGAAUUUUACAUGUGGACUAUCAACAAGAUUGUUUUCCUGUGCGAAACAGCAAUGGAUAUAUAAGAUGGAAACGCCAUUUGAAUACUUGCGAUAUUCAGGAUUACGAUUACACCAUAGAUGGUGGUACCACCCAUAUAGUCUGGGCCAGAGGUAGGGGUCUAAUUUUAAGCCCAUCAGGGAUAAAUGUGACUGAAGCGAAAUCAACAGAUCGAGGUAUGGUACGCGCCCAAUUGCUUAGAGCAGAUGUUCCACCAGGACCACCAGCUGAUGCCGAAAACUUAGAAGUGAAAGCUUCUAAAGUGAAAGUUCCUGCAGAUGAAACGACGUACUGGUGCCAUGUACAAAAAUUACCGGCCAGUUUGACUAGGAAACAUCACGUUGUGGAGUUCGAAGCCGUAAUUCAGAAAGGUAACGAAGGAUUGGUGCAUCAUAUGGAAGUUUUUCACUGCGAGGCACCGCCAGAUCAGGAUAUUCCUUUAUAUGUAGGACCCUGUCAAGCAGACGACAGACCUGCUGAAACACAAGUUUGCAAAAAAGUCAUCGCCGCGUGGGCAAUGGGCGCCGGACCAUUCGUUUAUCCCGAAGAAGCAGGUCUCCCAAUUGGUGGCAGUAAUUUCAGUCUGUACGUAAUGUUGGAGGUACAUUAUAACAACCCUGAACUCAGAGGAGAUUACGUUGAUAGCAGCGGCAUGAGGUUAUGGGUUACGACAAACAUGCGACCUUUAAAUGCAGCUGUUAUGGAACUCGGUCUAGAAUAUACCGACAAAAUGGCAAUUCCUCCAGGUCAAAAGGAGUUUGCUUUGUCAGGAUACUGCGUAUCUGGUUGUACUAAAAUUAGCUUACCUGCGGAAGGUAUAACGGUGUUCGGUUCCCAAUUGCAUACACAUCUGACCGGAGUUUGGGUGAAAACCAGGCACAUCCGGAAUGGACAGGAAUUGCCGGAACUCAAUGCUGAUGCGCACUACAGUACACACUUUCAAGAAAUUAGAAGACUCAAACGACUAGUGAAUAUUAAACCGGAUGCAAUAAUUUCAACAAAA